ACAGCCUGCCUGGUUAAGCAUAACAGGAGAAGAAACUAUCUCAGCUUCUCAGAUCUGACUCUGACGGCAAGCCCACCGGCCUCCAUCAUGGUGCAUACAGGUGUGCUGACUGGACUCCUCCUGCUCUCCCUGUUCUCCUCUGUACUAUCAGUGCAAAAGGUGGAUCUGAACACUCUCCAUAGAAUCAUCCGAGUCUUUGAGACCAGAUUUGUACAGACUCCAGGUCACCAGUAUGCCGUGGCCAUCAACGUCCCGGCAGGACAGUGUGGGGCCGGUUUCAAUGAGAACAACUUCCUUAGCAGUGAGGAGGCAAACAAGGUCAAGAAUGACCUCAAUGACGAUACAAAGAGACUUUACACGGGAAGACAGAUGGUCGCUGCCAAACCAAAGGGCCGUGGCUCCAAUGCCAUCCACUCAGAGCGUAUCUUGCUCAUGUGUGAGGAUAGCAGCCAAGCUGUCACUCCUAUGCAAAACCUGCUGAACACAGGGGACAGAAAUGGCUGUGUGGUGUUCUACACCUACAACUCUCCAUGUCUGGACUACUGCCUGAACCAAGUAAAUGAUAACAACCUAAAGAACUGGGAGAAGGUCCAGAAAGAGAAAGGAAAAAUGAAUGUCCCCCCCGCUGUGGAGAAGUGCAUCCUGAACUCUCUCAGUAUACUGACCAACCACCCCGGUCCCAAGGCCUUUGUGUUCAGUCAGGUCUAUGACAAAGACACAAAAAAUACCGAGCUGUUGGCCCCUGCCCUGAAGGAGGUUGCAGAGAAGGUCCCCCUCUACAAAUGUAACACCAACUCCUGUAUCGAGUGCCUGGAUAACAAUAACAACUUCAACAGUCAAUGCCUGUCCUAAGUGAGACACAUUGCAGUCAUGUCCAAAUGGAUAUUCAUAUUUUUUCUUUCCAUGAAUACUAAUGAUUUCAGUCUUUGUAACUUGAUUUACUGACAUAUUUUAAUACUCUUUACUACUGUUAAUUAUGCACUUGUGAUUUGAAAUCAUUUAAUAAAUAUCA